AUGUUUUCUGGCACCGAGAGAUUGAGAGCGAUAAGCCCGUCUCAAACUGAAUUGUCAAUGGAGUGCUUACCUUCUGAUCUCUCGCUGAAGAUCUUCUGUUUCUUGGAUCACCAGGACCUCGCAACCGCCCAACAAGUCUGCAGACAGUGGAGGGUCUUGGCCUCUAGCAACAAUCUGUGGUGCAACCUAUUCAAGGGAAGAUGGGGAGAACAUCACGCAGCCUUCUAUGCCCCACAUGAUUCCAAGUUAUGGAAAGAUGUAUAUCAAGUGCAAGACCGUUGUGACCGAGUCGGAUUGGGAUUGAAAAUAAUUAGGGAAUGUGAUGACUACUAUCUUGUUCACCAAGGAGAAAUCCAACGGUACUUGGGCUCCAGGAAGGGCGAAAAAGUGGUUUCUGGUCGGUCUAAUUUAAAAAGAAGCUUUGUUGGGGAAAAAUCUCUGGCAACAGAGGAACCUUGUUUGGGCAUUAUUGACAAGAUCCUUUUCUUUAUUGGCGACUUGGAGGUUGCAUCUAAACGGAGUCGAGUGUUGUAAUUUAUCCAUGA